AUGGCUAGAUUAACUUUCUUCAUAGUGGCAAUGCUUCAUCUUCUCCUCCUCUUAUCUCCUCCGGGCACCACACAUAGUGGUGGCAACGCUAUAUUCUGUGGUGGUGGUGGUGGCGGUGGCGUUGCAGCUAUGAGACCAUUAGGAGAGAAAGGUGGAGAGUAUGUUACAUACAAGCCCAAGACAAGCGUGAUAAAUCAAGGCCAAGGUGUUGAUGGUUGCUUGCCUAAAGGAAUUCGACACAGUUCUGGUCCUAGCCGAUAUAUUAAUUAUCGAACUCUUGGCUUGCCUAGCGCAUGUUCCACAAAUGCACCUGAACCAUAA